UGCCGAACGAAAGAGCUGCCAAGACAGACACGCGCUUAUUUCGAGCAGAAAAUUCUAUAUUAUAAUUUACAAACAAAUAGACGCAAAUAAAAUAAAAUGUCAACAUCGGGGCGCAAACGUAAACAGCAACUAAAGCCGCGCGAGGACGUGCACCGCUCGCCGGUUAAGCGUCAGAGUUUGGAUGUUAAAACGGAACCUCUGCUAACCAGCAGCUAUCCCCUGGCCGACUACGACUGUGUGGACAUAAAACCCGAUCUGACAGAACUCCAGCUACAGCUCGCAGUGGCAAGUCAUAAUGAAGUGACAACACCAACAGAAACAGUUGUGCCAUCUGUAAUUGAGGAUGAAAAACCGGAGUUGGAUCAGCAAAGCGAUUCAGACGAGGAUGGUUAUUCGGAAAUUAACUUUGGUGCAGCGCACGAUGUUUUUUGUGAUGAUGAAGUGGAUGACUACGACCCGGAGUGGACAGCACAGCAAACAACGCCACGAUUGAUAUUCAAGUUCUACGCGUCUCCUGGACAAACGGGAUUCAGGGCACUGAGGAAAUUGACUUGUCCUUUGUAUUACUUUAACCAGCUGCUGGGCAAUCGCGUUGAGUUCUUUGGCCAGCUAGCAGGUGGUUGCAAUGGCCGCAAUGCCACACUGAAGGCCAGCGCUGAGGAGCUGGAAACAUUUAUGGGCCUGAGCUUGCUGAUAUGUGACAUGAAAUUACCGCAACUGAGCGACUAUUGGAGCGAGCAGACAUUUCAAGGAUUCGCGGGAUUCACGUCAAAAAUGGGGCAACAGCGCUAUCUAGAUCUGCUGCAGUCGAUCAGCUUUGCCAAGCUACAAGGAGCGGGCACAAACGAAAGUAAAGCUGCUGGAGAUGCGGGCAAAUUGCUGAACUUCUACAAUGCGCGUAUGUCGGAGUUAUAUGCUAGCGGACAGCAGCUGGUGCUCAAUGAGCCCAUUGUCCACUGGAAGGGAAAAUUUAACUACCACAACGAGCUGCCCUUGAAGCAUCGCAGCAAUGCACUAAUGUUGCACCUGCUUAGCGAGCAGAGUGGAUUGAUUAUACGUAUGCUGCCGGAACGAGUGGAGCCGCCGCCACAGUUGGCGCGUAAUUCUCGGCAACUGGUGGCACAUCGUUGCGAGCUGGCGCUACAGUUGCUCCAGUCGCAUGGGCAGCGCGGGCACAGCGUCUAUGUGUGUAAAUAUUAUGGCAGCUAUGGACUGGCUCAUGAGCUGGCCAAGAUGGGCACCUAUUGCAGCGGACUGCUGGACAGAAAUCGAUAUGGGAAUAGCAAGGCACUCAUCUAUCAGCAGCUAUCGCCAAAUAGCAUAGCUACUAGAUAUGCCACGCCCCUAAUGAUGGCCAAGUGGCGGCGACGCCGAGAAAAAUGCGUCUAUUUCUACAGCUCCGAUUGCCUGGCUAUCUACGCUAAGGAGAUGUCCAUGCAGAAGAUAAAUGCACGACCAAAGCUCAUACAAGAGCUGGACUUUCAGCUGCGACCCACCGCUCAGUCUACACGACAGCAGCUGAUCAGCUGCCAGCCGAGCUGUGCGGGUUUGCGGCAGCAGCAGCAGUUGGCAAUCUUUCUGCUUAAUCUGCUGGUCUUUAAUGCACAUGUGCUCUACGUGACCAAUGCGCAGCCGACGCGCGGCUUCGAUGCCACCAAGUUGAAGACAUACGCUGAGUUUCGGGUAAGCAUCAUUAAAUCUCUGCUCAAGGAGGAUCAGGCGUCGCCAGCUGCUGCUGCACCGCCAACAUCACCAACAACGCCUCAUGCGAACAGCAAGCGACAGGAGCAACAACAUUCGAAGAGAGCCCAUCAGCGAGGAACGACAGCAGCAAGCGCACAGCCUGAAGCCGAAGCCAAACACGAAUUGAUACUUAUUCAGCGAAAUGGGAAACCAACGCGCAAGAACUGCAGGCAUUGCCACAAAGGUGGAAUGUUACAGUUCACUAAGUACAUGUGCAAACUCUGCCCGGAUAUGCCGGGUCUCUGUCUAAAUCCGUGCUUUCGCCUGUGGCACGAGUUACUGCAGCAGCAACAGAAAAGUCCGACUAUUUCACAUUCAAUUUAAGACGAAUAAAAACAUAAUGAACCGUUUUGACGUAUACAAAUUUUAGCCGAAAACUAGUUUCAAUCUUAUCAAGACAAGACAUGGAUAAAUUUUUGAAUCAUAUGCCUAUU